AACGGGCUUGGGCGGGUCAGGGUACCUGCGCGGGACCAAGCGGGAACCGCCGCGCGGCUGCUAGAGAGACGCGGGGCGGCGGCCGACAUGUUCCAGGGCGCGGACGGCCAGGCUGGCGAGUCGGGCUCCAGAUCCAUGAAGCCCCCAGGAGGAGAAUCGAGCAAUCUUUUUGGAAGUCCAGAAGAAGGUGUUCCUUCAAGCAAACCUAAUAGGAUGGCAUCUAAUAUUUUUGGACCAACUGAAGAACCUAAAAACAUACCAAAGCGGACAAAUCCUCCAGGAGGCAAAGGAAGUGGUAUCUUUGAUGCAUCAACUCCUGUGCAGACUCGACAGCGACUGAACCCACCUGGCGGGAAGACUAGUGACAUAUUUGGGUCCCCAGUCUCUGCCACUGCACCCCUGGCACACCCAAACAAGCCCAAGGAUCAUGUUUUGCUAUGUGAAGGUGAAGACUCUAAAUCGGACCUGAAAGAUACAACAAACUCACCCCGAGGAGAGCAGAGUGAGAAGGGAAGCUCAAAAGAAGCAGACCGUGCCAAGAUACCAGAGCCUACACCUACAGUUGACAGCCAUGAGCCCAGACUGGGACCGCGGCCUCGGUCCCACAACAAGGUCCUGAACCCACCAGGAGGCAAAUCCAGCAUCUCCUUCUAUUGAGAGGCUCCUCCUCUGCCUGUACUCAGACCGGAAACUCAGAGAUAGGAUAUUGAAAUGUUAGUGCUUCCUUUAACCCAAAUGCGUCGGGGUGGGAGAGGGGUUGUCAUGUGUGUGGGGUUGCCUGCUCAUAGGCCUUGAUGCCUUUGGAGGAGCUGCAGAAGGACUGUGCCUUCCAGACUGCCAAGAUACACAUCUGUGGGGAUAAAGUGGGGAGCUCUUACGCCUCCUCUGUAGUUGUUCUGUGUGGAACAGUAAGGUUCUGGGAAGGGCGAAAGAGACGGCACCCGUUAGCAGAAGGCUCGUUAGGGUCUGUCUCACCCUUGUACCAACGGUCUGCUGGCUGCUGGGAGUAGAAGAAUGGUGGUUCGGCUGGGAAAGAAAGGAAAAAAACCAAACCACCUAUCCCUCACUGUGAGGUGGAGGAGAAACACAUAGACAAAAACUCUUAAAGACAGUGAGGUCUACAUAGCCUUUCCUUUCAGGGAAUGCAUAUCACCAAAAUGUUUCCACCUCUGAGGUUACCUCUGAGCCCUAAUGUCUCCUUUUCCUUUUGUUCCCCUCAGUACGUCACCCUAUAGUGUUGGAAUGUGACUGCUCUUUUUGGUAGCAGUCAACAGAAAAUCAAACAGUUAUUCUCAGUCUUGUCCUGAGUGGAAGGUUUGGAUACCCUGAUCCUCUGAUUGUAGUCUCCUUCCUGCACCUAAAACCGUGGCCAGGUCUAGGUAGCAGCCUGUCUUCCUUUAUGGUUGGUUUGGUUCCUGCCAUGCCAGGUUUGCAUAUGGGUUGUUCCUUUUGUUUCUCUCAUCAGCCUUGAGUCUAGCCUUAGUUCCUCACCUGUGAGGGCUCUUGCUAUCUGUGGUUCUUCCUGUACAUAAGGCCUCAACCUCUGCAGGGCUUUAAAGACUACUCAAAUAUGUCCAGGUAUUGGGUGAAUUUUUGGUUUUCCCAUCUCUCUGUUCCUGUAGUUGGGAGGAAGACCUGCUGAAGAACACUGGGUUGGGCAGGUUUCUUUACCCAUCUGCAGAAAACGUCGCUGUACACCAAAGCAGAAGAGCGGCCUAAGCCACCGUUAGAAAGCUGCUUAACCUUGUUCAUAAACAGUGCCCCUUAGGCCUGGAUAGUAAGGAUUUUGGCAAUAAGGUCACGACUGUCAUUUGACAGCAGAGAUCCUGGGCUCCACAGCCAUGCUGCCUGCUGCCCGGUAUUUCAUAUCAGGCACAUCUCCGUCCUGUUCAGCCUUAGUUCCUUGGUUCCUGCUUGUGGUGGGUGUCUGUGAAAGGGCUCCUGAGUGGUGCUACAGAGCGUUAUAGCAGACGCCAGAAAUGUCCUCAUCAAAGUUUGGGGAAGCAACAGUUCUGCAGUCACGAUCGUUGACCUAGAUGCUCAAGUGCCUGCAGUGUUCUGCUUGCGACACCUGGUUCAUUGAGGGCUUUGUCAACCAAAGAGUUUUUACCUUCCAGCUGCCCUGUUUCCUGAAGCCAAGAAACUUGUAUUACAUGUAUGUAAUUCUGUAACAACUCAAAUGGGUUGUGGUUAAGUCAUGAGGAUGUCGUUUGGAAUUCAGAGUAUUUUUUCCAUUUAAGAAAAUGUCAUAAAUGUUUGCUUUAUUUAGCCCAGACUCUAACAUCUUUAACUUAUAAGGAAAUGAUACAGUGAUAGAAAUAAACCUCCUUUUGUAACUGCUUUCUUAAGUAGAAAAUGAUUUGUGAAUUCCAAAUUGAAUUAUCAAGAAAAAAGUCAGACAUCACUGUGCUGGCCCUGCUGCUGGUCCAGCGAGAGAAGAGCUCUGAGCACCACUUGCUGGCCUGGAUGGCUGAGAGACUAUGGGAACCCGAGACAGUGACCCACAGCAGCUGCCUUACUCGACUCUCCUAUCUUUCUCUGAAACUGGGCCCAGAGCAUGGCCAGAUGGCCAGUCUGCCACCUAGGAAGAGGCCCUGCCCAGCUAAACCCAGUGGUAUACAGUUCUCACACCUGCAUUAAGCCUUAACACUUUGUUUAAGUGCAUUUGGUGCCAACAUUUUUCUAACACUAUGUCAGAGCAAGAAACCUGUCCUUACAUCAUAAUGCAAUUUUGUAGGAAUGUUGUGUUAUUUUUAUGAGACAAAACUGGGUAUAAUGGUUGAAUUAAACUUAGUAACCACA